AUGAAAUCGUCUCCUUCCGAAAAGCUCACAGAAGACGUCGCGGAAGUUGAACCUCCAGCGUACGAUCAGGUUGAUGGGCCUCCCCUAGUAAUACCGCCGUUGAACUUGUUCCAAACGGCUGGUCCGCCUGUUUGUUCGACAGUCACCCAAGACCAAUGUAUUGCUCAUCUCAAGUUCUUAGCAGCACUCGCCGAUCUACGCGAUAACAUAACUAACAUCAACGGUCUAUUCAAUAUCAAUGAUCCUGACCCAGAUGUUUUUGGAGCUACUACACAUGAGGCAUUUGCUCGUGUCAAAGAAAAGCGAUGGGCUGUGUACACAGCCAGGGCCGUCGACCGCUACACGACUUGGUGGCAGAAGUGUAUUCAAUCCCCUAGACGGUUUCUCAAGCGCCGUGACCUGGUAGACGACAGUUAUGACUUAAUUACCGAGCAUGCGAAAUCGUACAACUGGUCUCCAAAGGCAAUGCCCCCUCUAGAUAUUCUAAUGGUGUGGCAUGCACAUAUGCUGAACCCUAGGGUCUUUCUUGAAGAUUGCAUUCGGGGAGGUGCCAUGGACUUGUGGACAGCCGGUUUCCCGUGGGAAAUUAUCAACUCCUGUAUCGACGAUCAAACCAUGGAAUACAACGCUGGAGAGGCAGCGUUAGCCCAAUUUCAGCAGAAAACCGGUCUGCCCUGGGACAAUCUAAAGUGUUCAUCGAAGAAGCCCCUCACUUGUCCUGGCUGUAAGCACGAGCUGUCCGUGCCCUGGACCGAAGCUCGGAUAUCUUACCCAUUCGAUGAAGCAUUUAACAGCUGCCGUGGCCUCGCAGAUAAAAAUUUCCAAACGACAUGUUCAGUCUGUAACUUCCAAGUCACACACGAGACCCUAAAGAUCGAGAAGUUUCGGAAAGAUGUUAGGGCUUUUUGGGCUUCGGACGUGCCGAUGCCGGGAACGUUCUACGAUGUCAGGGGUGUGCCAAAAGCUGUCUCUGUCUCGACUCGAAAGACGAGGCAGUCCAUAUUCCCUAAUCGCUUAAUCAAGGCGAUAGGCACCGGUCUCCUUUCGCAGACUGACCCAACGGACGAUAACUGCAGGACAAUGACGGCGUUACGCAAUACGCUACAGUCUAGCAUCAUGAGCCGGGACACCAUGCGAAAGGCCAACCCAGAUUCAGUCAUUCUCUCAUUAUGGCCAGAAGAGAAGGUGGCAUUCCGUCGGAUGAUGGCUCGCUAUUGGGAUAAUCACAGCCCCUUCGCUAUUGACCUGGUUGGUGCUGUCAUUCGACAAGGGACUUUUGUUCAAAAGAUGGACAAUAUCGAUUGGCUUCACUCGCCUACCGUGAAAGCAACCAUGGACCGUUUGAUAAAAAAUAUGAAGUUUUCUUCGAAAUCAUGGCUCGGAACCCACGCAACAUGGCUGUCCCAACUCUGGAUGUCGAUCUCGCCUGGCAUACCCAUCAACUGUCGCCUUCAAGUCGCAGAAACUAAACUUUCGGAUGGAUUCGAAUGGACUAGCAAAAUGUACAAGAAGCUCACCAAAGGUGAUAUCUACAGCGAGUGCACUUGCUGGUACUGUGAAGCUAUUCGAGCUCCGGAUCUCAGCGACGGCAUCUUUGUCUCCCCGUCAACCUCCCGAGCGCGUGAAGCGGCCGCCAAUCUCCACAAUCGGCCAGAUAUAUCUUCGAAUCCGGACAAGAACCCCCAUAUCUCCGCGCACAGUGCCGUCCCAGCGGAAACAAAGAAGACACGGUCCGGCUUGAAUCCUCGACAUGUGAAGCACUUGAAGCUUCAAAGCAACUACGAAAAGGCACGUCGUCGUGCAGAGAAGCGAGAUCGCAAACAAGGCAACAAGGAACAGGACCGUGCUUCCGACGCCAGUCUUUAUGCCCUUCCCAUGGCAUACGGUUAUCCGAUAUAUGUGCCCUACUACGCCCCUUCGUCUCCGGGGCCCAUGGCAACUGUGCUGCAGGAACCUGCGGAGGCAGUGUUGCGGCAGGCGGGUGUGGUGGGAUGGGAGGGGGGUGCGCCGGCGGAUGUGCUGGCGGGGCAGGCGGAGCAGCAGGCGGGUGUGGAUCAGGAGGUGGUAGUGCAGGGUGCGGCGGGGGUAGCAGUGGGGGAGGCGGAGGUGGAGGCUGUGGUGGCGGGGGAGGAGGAGGAGGAGGCUGUGGCGGAGGGGGUUGCUGAAGAGAUUCUAAGCCAGUAUACUUGCUUUCAGAUUAUGGUUGUGUACUUCGAGCGUGUUUGGAAUUCGUUGCUUGUGAACUUUAUACUCGAUACCAUGAAUUAA